CAUGGUGAGGGUUGUGUGCGUAUUUGGGGAGGGUUGGAGUUUCAGUCAGCCAAUGAAGGAACUCCUGGAUCUACGCGACACGUUGAGAGGUUAUAAAUUGUGAGGCGUACGGUAUCGAGGUACAUUUAAACUGAGCUGCGAGGGGGCAGGGAGACACGCACUUACAGCGCAACGAAACAACAACUAAACCAACACCUGGGUCUCUGUCGUGAGGAAUUAUUCCUCUUUUCUGAGAUGUCUCACGUCCAGUUAUCGAGCAGCGCGCUGGAGAGGCUGGUGGCCCGCAGGACCUUCCCUCUCCAGAGGCGCACCGGCGUGUGCCGCAGUCUUUUCGGGCCGGUGGAUCACGACGAGCUGAGUCGGGAUGUGAAAGCCAAGCUGCGGGAGAUUUCCGAGCGGGACCAGCAGAGAUGGAACUUUAAUUUCGAGGACAACACCCCGCUGGAAGGGGACUACGAGUGGGAAGAGAUGCCCGCGGAGAGGACGGCGGCGUUUUAUCGGGAAUCGAUGCAGAGCGGCAGGACGCGCGUCCCGGAGACGCCCGYAAAGCAGACGCCCUCCUCGGAAUCCGUUAUGUCGGAGAGCUCCGACGGGGAUGUAAUGGAGCGCUUAGCGGUACCGGAGAGCGACCGCAGCGUCGUCGGCGGCGACGGGGAAAGCAGCUCCCCGACCCCGGUGGAGGUGAACCAGGAGAACCGGCCGGUCACAGGGAUCUCCUCAGGGUCUCGCAGACAGGCUCCCUGUGUUCGGCGCAAGAGGUCGGCGACUGCUGCUGAUGACAACAACACGCACAUCACAGACUUCUUCGUGAAACGAAAAAAGGCUGCCGACAGACUUCCCAAGUCUCCCAUCUCGGUGAAACAAACUCCGCGAAAGAGGAUCCGUUGAACGUGGCGUUUCUUCUUCUUCUUCUUUUACACUUUUUUUUUUUGUUGUUGCACUACUUCCCUACGUGUUUUUGAGGAUUCCUACGGACCGAGAGCCGCUUUUAAGGCCGCCGGAGGAGGGGAGGAAGAGAAACGGGGACAAAGAAGGGGGGAGUCCCGCUAUUCUGCCGACUCGAACCUCCGUGAAUCCCCGGCGGAGCGAAGCCUCGACACCGCCCGCAGCUCCUCUCAGGACUGAACGGUUUGGGAACGCAAAGGGGCGGGUGGGUGGAAGAAGGAAAAAAAAAAAAAAAAA